CUUUGGCUUGUUUUAUUAAAAAAGAGGAAGGAGUAGCUUCUACUUCUACUUCUACUGCACUCUCUACUCUCUCCUCCCUUGCAAUCCACUCCCUCCCCUUCGAACCAAAGCACCCCAAAAAGCUAACUCCUUCAAAUUUAGGAUAAAAGUAAAAGUAAAGCAAGAAUCUUCCAGAUCGGAAGGUCAUCGUCGUCAUUUCCCUCCUACCUCCUCUGUCUGGGCGUCUCAGUUUAGAUAAACUCACUCACGCCCAUAAACCCCGCAACUUUCCUUAUUCCUCCUGGUUUUUCAUUACAUGCUUUUUUGUUUUCAUUGCCUUCAAACACCCCGGACUUUGGCCUCCGCACAGUGAAGACUCCUGAGUGAACGGCAAUCGCUAUUCUGCAUUUUCCCCUUUCUUUUGCUAUAUUGCGUGUCCGAUUGCUGUUGUCUUCACAGCUUUUUCCGCUUUUUGCCGACGGUGUUUCAAAAUAACAAUGGAGAGGACCACUCCGGUGAGGAAGCCUCACACUUCCACGGCAGAUCUACUUACUUGGUCCGAAACUCCACCUCCUGAUUCUCCGGCUCCCGGUUCCGCUGCUCGUUCUCACCAGCCGUCGGAUGGGAUCAGUAAAGUGGUGUUUGGAGGUCAGGUGACGGAUGAAGAGGUCGAGAGCUUAAAUAAACGGAAACCUUGUUCCCAGUACAAAAUGAAGGAGAUAACAGGUAGUGGAAUCUUUGCAGCCAACGGGGAAAAUGACGAAUCUGAAUCUGGCAGUGCCAAUCCUGCUCCAAGUAAAACAGGAGUGCGCAUGUACCAGCAAGCAAUUGCUGGAAUCAGUCAUAUCUCCUUUAGUGAGGAGGAGAGUGUUUCUCCCAAAAAGCCCGUUACCUUGCCUGAGGUGGCCAAGCAGCGUGAGCUAAGUGGAACUCUGGAAAGUGAAGACGCAAAUUUGAAGAAGCAGCUUUCUGAUUCAAAGUUCAAAGAGCUCACUGGUCACGACAUAUUCGCUCCCCCUCCAGAAAUUAAACCCCGACCAGUAACUCCUCGCAUACUAGAGCUGAGAGGGAGCAUAAACAUAGGUGAACCUUCCCCGCAACAGGGCGAGGGAGAUCAGGGCAAGAGCAGGUCUAGUGAGGAACCAGUGAAGACAGCGAAGAAGAUCUAUAACCAGAAAUUUGCGGAGCUCUCAGGGAAUGAUAUCUUCAAGGGUGAUGCACCGCCACCAUCUGCGGAGAAAUCGUUGAGUGUAGCUAAACAGAAGGAGAUGAGCGGCAGUAACAUUUUUGCUGAUGGGAAGGCAGAAUCUAGAGACUACCUAGGAGGCGUGCGGAAGCCACCUGGCGGUGAGAGCAGCAUUGCAUUGGUAUGACUUGUUAGGUCUAACUCUCUGAUUUUAUACCGUCUGGUUUUUUUAAAUAGUGGGGAUGUGUUAUUAUAUUAUUUGACCCUGUAUCCUGGGUUCCGGGGACUCAUAUCUUAGGUUUCUUAACGUGUUGACCUAAAAGGGACCAGCUGCUAAUUCUUGGGUGAAUGUCCGAAUGUCCAUAAUCUUAUGUUGUCCUUGGUGUCUACUUUCAAUGAAGUGAUUUGGGUUUUGUUCUUGAUUAA